AGCCCUCUCCGACCCCGACAUCCAGAGCCGGCUGCAGCCCAACCUCACCACUUUCUGGGAAUCCUCGCCCACUUUGACGCUUAUCUCGUCCAAGUCGGCACCCCUCGCCUGCGCCGACCAAUGACAAACUACAAGCCCUUGGGCUCAGCAGAUUCAAACUACUCCCAGCCAUCGUCGGAACUGUCGCUGGACGAAGACAAGGAGGCGCUGCGCCGCGAGAAGGAAGCGCAGGCACUCUCACAGCUCGACAAGGCCCGGUCGAAGCCGGUCGCGUUCGCGGUUCGCACGAACGUGUCGUACGAUGGCACGGUCGACGACGACUCGCCCGUGCACGGCAGCGCCAUCUCCUUCGAGGUGCGCGACUUCCUGCACAUCAAGGAGAAGUACGACAACAACUGGUGGAUCGGGCGUCUCGUGAAAGAGGGCUGCGACAUCGGCUUCAUACCCUCCCCGGUGAAGCUCGAAGCGGUGCGAGCCGGCUUACAAGCGCGCGGGCGCUACACGCGGCCCGCGUCCGCCGCGCCGCUCGCCGCGCCGCUCGCGCCGCCGCUGUCCAGCCGAGGUAGCACCCCCCCCACGCCCGGGGAGGAGUCGGACGGGGGACGGGGCCGCGGCGCGGGCGCACUGCCCGCCGGCAAGGAGAAGCGCAAGCCCUUCUUCAAGAAGCAGGAGACGUGCUCGCCCUACGACGUCGUGCCGUCCAUGCGACCCGUCGUGCUCGUCGGGCCCUCGCUUAAGGGCUACGAGGUCACGGACAUGAUGCAAAAGGCGCUCUUCGAUUUUUUGAAGAGGAAAUUCGAGGGCAGGAUAAUAAUAACGCGCGUGAUGGCUGACAUUUCGCUCGCCAAGCGCUCGCUCCUCAACAACCCGUCGAAGCGAGCCAUCAUGGAGCGAUCCAACUCGCGAUCCACGUGCCUCGCGGAAGUGCAGGCGGAGAUCGAGCGUAUCUUCGACCUGGCGCGCACGCUGCAACUCGUGGUGUUGGACUGCGACACCAUCAACCACCCCAGCCAGCUGGCCAAGACCUCGCUCGCGCCCACCAUAGUCUACUUGAAGAUAUCCAGUCCGAAGGUCCUCCAGCGGCUGAUAAAGUCCCGAGGCAAGGGGCAGACAAAAAACCUAUCGGUGCAGAUGGUAGCAGCCGAGAAGCUGUCGCAGUGUCCCACCGACAUGUUCGACGUCAUCCUGGACGAGAACCAGCUCGAAGACGCCUGUGACCACAUCGCGGAGUAUCUGGAGAUGGUAGCAGCCGAGAAGCUGUCGCAGUGUCCCACAGACAUGUUCGACGUCAUCCUGGACGAGAACCAGCUCGAAGACGCCUGUGACCACAUCGCGGAGUAUCUGGAGAUGGUAGCAGCCGAGAAGCUGUCGCAGUGUCCCACAGACAUGUUCGACGUCAUCCUGGACGAGAACCAGCUCGAAGACGCCUGUGACCACAUCGCGGAGUAUCUGGAGAUGGUAGCAGCCGAGAAGCUGUCGCAGUGUCCCACAGACAUGUUCGACGUCAUCCUGGACGAGAACCAGCUUGAAGACGCCUGCGACCACAUCGCGGAGUAUCUGGAGUUAGGUUUUAUCAAGCUUAGUAGCUACGCCAGUGCUGACAUGUUCCACGUCAUCCUGGAGGGGAACCAGCUCGAGGACGCCUCCGACCACAUCGCGGAGUAUCUGGAGGUCAGUCAUCUUGACUCACACCAUCAGCAUCCAUCAAGCAUUUGUCGGACAGAUGGUGACGCCGAUAAGCUCUCGCAGUGCCCCAUGGACAUAGUGGCGUGGCUAGGUAACGAAGGGCCCUGA